AUAGAUAUAUACAUAUAUCCGGUCCAGAAUAUAUUCCUACUUCAAUUUGUUCAGAACAGAGAUUUAUUUCAUACACAAUUCACAUGCUCACAAGAAUCCCCGCUGAAGCUCACCACCAACAAUGGCCACAGCACCGAUUUGUUCCUACUCUCCUUCACAUUCACCCUUUGUUCAGUUACCGGUUCAGUCCUCUUCUCAAUACCCACUAUUCGCCGGCUACAGCCUGUUCGGAUCACGAUGGUCGUCGUCUCCAGUCUUGCUGCAAAGAAACAGCGUUCCUAUGUUCCCAAUUUCAGCGAGACUUCCGUGCAAAAUCAAGUGCUUGGCGAAAUCGACGGAGGACACUGAACCAGAGACCCUGACAAGUGACGGUGAUGAUGACAAGUCCAGAGAAGCCGUCAAAGUCGGCCCACAACAGGACUCUGUUGAUGUCGUCCGUCCAGAACUCUCCAUCAGUCAGUCUGGGUCUCAUAGGAUCGCUACUUCUUCCGGUGACUCUUUGUCUCUCGGAAUUCGUGAACCAGUUUACGAGGUGGUGGAAGUAAGGUCAAAUGGGAUGGUAUCUACUAGGAAAAUAAACAGGCGACAAUUGCUCAAGUCAAGUGGUCUUCGUCCUCGAGAUAUUCGGAGUGUUGAUCCAUCAUUGUGGUUGACAAACUCAAUGCCCUCUUUGAUGGUCCGUGAGCAUGCAAUUCUUUUGAAUUUGGGCACAUUAAGGGCUAUAGUGAUGCAAGAGUGUGUUCUUAUAUUUAACUAUACCCGUAAAGGAGGGAAAGCAUUGAUUGAUGCAUUGUUACCUCGCUUAAAUCCCAAAAAUGUCAACGGAGGGCCAUCAAUGCCAUUUUUACUUGAGGCGGUGGAAGCAGCCUUGCAUUCACGAAUUCAGCGAUUGGAGCACAGAUUAGUGGAUUUAGAACCUCGUGUUCAAGCUUUACUUGAGGUUUUGCCCAACCGAUUAACGGCUGACAUAUUGGAGCAACUUCGUACCAGCAAGCAGACUUUGGUUGAGUUGGACUCAAGGGCAGGGGCUCUGAAACAGAUGCUACUUGAUAUUCUUGAGGAUCCUCAUGAAAUACGUCGUAUCUGUAUCAUGGGAAGAAAUUGCACCCUUAAGAAAGAAAACAAUGACAUGGAAUGUUCUGUUCCCUUGGAAAAGCAGAUAGCUGAGGAAGAGGAGGAAGAAAUUGAAAUGCUUUUGGAAAACUAUCUUCAAAGAUGUGAAUCUUGUCAUGGUCAAGCAGAAAGGCUUCUUGAUUCUGCAAAAGAAAUGGAAGACUCAAUUGCUGUUAAUUUAAGCUCUCGGAGGCUUGAGGUAAGCAGACUGGAAUUACUACUUCAGGUUGGGACAUUUUGUGUUGCAGUUGGUGCUUUGGUUGCCGGGAUAUUUGGCAUGAACUUGAAGUCUUAUCUUGAAGAACAAGUGGUACUAUUACCUCGGGUUUCUGAAUGCUUGCCUCUUCUUCCAAUAUAUGUUAGCAUGAUAUUCACAUGCUCAUGCUGCUUUCCAUCUUCUGUUUGGUUUGAUGCAGUUCGCUUUUUGGCUAACAACAGCAGGGAUUAUUGUUGGCGCUGUUGUGUCCUUUUUUCUUUUGUAUUCAUAUCUCAGGCGAAGGAAAAUAUUGUGAGCUUCAGAGAGGCUGCAUCUAUCACUGCUGGUUAGUGAUGCUAGUGAUUCCAUCAUGAAUAUUGUUGUGUAAAUUAGUCACCAUGCAGUUUAGAUUGAGUGAUAAUUUCAUGGACUCCAUGAUUUUAUGUAAGCAGUGGCCAUGGACCACUAGAAAGAAGAGACAAGUGGGAAAGUAAAGAGAGCUGGACUGGAGCCCAUAAUUGUUUCUCUUCAAUUAGGAAAACCAGUUAUUUCGGGGGUCUAUGGCAAACAUCAGUCCAUGAGAUCGACACCUUUACCCCGUGAAACUUAUAUGACCUUACCAUUAAUUCACAGGUGAUGCCAGAAUUUGAGAAAGUUCAGCUUUGAAUCCCAGCAAGGGCAAUAAAAAUAUUGCUUUCAUGUCAUUGUCUAUAAUAUGGUCGAUAUGUUCUGUUUGGUCCCAUUGAUGGGAAAAUGCAACCACAAUUUCUGCAAUAUCGUAUAGAUGAAAGAGUAGAAUUUGGUGUUCCAUCAAGUUGGUUUCUGUGCUUAUGCAAUGAGAGGAGCAGGAUGCUCACUCCCACCAAAGAGAUGGCUGGUGGACACAGUUCUAUUAAUAGAGUUGUUAGGCUUCUUGAAAUAUGUCUGAAAGUUGAAAUGGCAUAAUGAAGUUGGAUAGUUCUGCUGGAACGUACAGAUACAAUAUUUGUCUGUGAGAACAUUUUUGCUCAAUAUUAUAAAAAAAUGAUGCCUUC